AUGUGUCGUGCGCACGACACAGAGUGUACAUUUCCCAACGGCAGAGCAAAGCCAACCGCGCAAAAGAGGGCCGCUGCGGAGGAAGCCCCACAGCUACCACACCCGAGUUUACGAACACCAACUGCAACUGCACAUGCUGUGAGCCGGCCGCCCCUUGUCGCCGCUUCGCCGCAGUUCUCAAUUGUCACCCAGGUUCAGACCGAUCAGGAUACACCGCUGUCUCUCGAAGCCGAAGAUGAUAAUCCCCAUAUCCUCGGUCCGGCGGUGACUGGGGAUAAUCACGUACUGGCUGACUAUCUGUCCAACAUUUCUGGUGGCCAAGGCAUUCGUGAAAUUCGACCUGUCGAGCCGGGUAGUUCCUCGUCCCCGGUUAUUUUCACAAAGGUGCAGAAAAGGCCGCUGGGGCUCAUGGUGAACUCUAGUCCGGCAUUGCACAAGCUACAGACCAUUGAAAAGCUUUUGGAGCCAUGGGGACCACAUUUGAUCGACAUUUAUUUGAAGAAGAUCAACCCUUGCCUCCCACUACUUGAAGAAAGCUCCUUUCGGGCGCAAUACACAAAUGCCAGGCAUCGCAUUUCUCCUGCACUUUUGGCGUGCCUGUAUGCCCAUGUUCUUACUCAAUGGCAACAUGACCCACUUCUGUCCCGAGAACGGUGCCCAGACGUUCGUUUCGUCUGGAACCUUGCUAUUGAAGCCUCGUAUUCCGAGUUACAUGCGUCAGCUGGAAUAUCCACGAUAAAGGCCAUUCUGCUCGAUGUUGGGGGCCGCCCAACCACAUCUAUGACAGGCAACGGUGUAAGACUUGGUUCGGCUGUUGCAUUAUGCCAUUCCUUAGGUUUGAAUCGAAAUCCACUCCCGUGGGAUAUUCCGCAAGCUGAGAAGCACAUGCGAAUGAAAAUCUGGUGGUCUAUCCUACUCCAUGAUCGCUGGUCAAGUCUUGCUUAUGGGACACCUCCCCAUAUCAGAAGAACUCAAUAUGACGUACCACUACCAAUUCCCGAGUAUCUGUCAGACUGGGAGCGUGACCGCGAUGCAAACGCAGUUUUCAUAGAGCUCAUGAACUUGACCGACGUGCUAGACCAUUGCUUGGAGCAAGUGUACAGCAUCCGCAUCGAAAACCAAGCACCAAGCAGGAAUCUAGAAUUGGAGUUGAACAGAUGGGUAGACUCACUAACAGGAGACAUCCGUAAGAUCAUCAUCCGUGGCUCAAAUCUUGAUAUACCUGGCGCCUCCAAUCUCCGUUUGGCAUAUCUGGCUACAAGGCUCCUUCUCCGGCGCAUCGACCUAGAUCGCGAGCGGCAAGCGCCAGACUCUAAUGUAGAACAAAUGGCUAACCGAGUCAUGGAGGCCCGCAGGACCGCGGAGGACAUUGUUGUUCUAGUGCAGGAACUCAGAGAAGCACAGUUGGGUGAUUACUGGCUACCUGUCGUGGCAUUUACAUUUUCAGCAACAGUGACGUUUUUGAUCCGCUGCGCGCUAGAGACGGAGCGUGCAGUUGGUCUUGCACAAAGUGGUUCUCUGCGAAUGGCGAGUGAUCUUUUGGCCGCAUUACGGUCUCACCGGAAGAACUUUGGCUGGGAUCUGGGUGAUAUCUGCCUUGCACAGCAUUCGGAUGUCAUUGACAAGCUAUUGAGGUCAGAGCCGCCGCUUGAGAACUCGGGGGAGACGAAUGUUGAACUGCGUCAGCCUUUCGUGCCGGAUAUGGCUUUUCUUGAUGAUCUGUUUACAAGCACAUGGGACAUACUACAAGUUAUGGAAUGA